GGGGCCCUUUUUGUAAAAUGGUGGACACCGCGUGCUGAAGAUAAACAGUUCACCGUUGUUUAUCACGUUUAUAAGCAAAGAGUUCGAAAUGGAAAGUGUCAACAACUCAGCCUCAGAGGACACGAGUGCUGUGGAUGGUGGAGGAAACACGGACACGUUUCAGACGGUAAAGUCGAAGAAAUCUUCUAAACGUAAGCGUGACCAAGGGGAAGUACAAAUGGAGUCUGAAGACGCCGUGGCACCGAAAAGACCACAGUUUCCCCCAAUAUCAGGAGACAAACUGAAGGGCGGUGCUGAUGAGAUGAGGAAAAUCCCUGUGCCGUCUCAUAGAUAUACACCUCUGAAAGAAAACUGGCUCAAAAUCUUCACCCCCAUUGUUGAAAACCUGCAGCUUCAAGUUCGAUUUAAUCUCAAAACAAGAAAUGUGGAAAUUAAGACAUGUAAAGACACACAGGAUAUCGGUGCUCUUACGAAAGCAGCAGAUUUUGUAAAGGCCUUUAUUUUAGGAUUUCAGGUUGAGGAUGCACUCGCACUCAUCAGACUGGAUGAACUGUUCCUGGAAACCUUCGAUAUCACAGAUGUUAAGCCUCUCAAAGGAGAUCACUUGUCACGAGCUGUUGGGAGAAUAGCAGGCAAAGGGGGGAAAACGAAGUUCACCAUUGAAAAUGUCACAAAGACCAGGAUUGUCCUUGCAGACACGAAGGUUCACAUUUUGGGGUCGUUCCAGAAUAUAAAGAUGGCACGGACAGCUAUAUGCAACCUUAUCUUAGGAAGUCCUCCAUCGAAGGUGUAUGGAAACAUUCGGGCAGUUGCCAGCCGUGCAGCUGAGAGAUUCUAACAUCAGGCAUGACACUCUGAUCCUCCACCUACUGUGCAGCACAUGGACUGAAGCAGAAAAUACUCCCAGGGUCCCAAAAGUGGUGUGAAACAUCCAGUCAAUACCUUUACACUGCUGCCUGGAGUUCAGCAGCAGAGGACAUUUUUUCACUGACUGACAGAUCACAAAUUAAUAUCUCUGAAACACUCAAAAUAAAAAAAACCUCACAGCAAUGGAAGAGAA